UUUCGCAUUUGUCUCAAAUGCGAGCGAGUCGCUGGGCAAACGUUACGCGCUUCGUUUCGUUCCGCUACGCUGCUGCACAGCAAUAUUUUUGCUAGACGAGCCGUCGCUAAAAUCAAAAGCCGGAAAUAGCCAACAAACACACACACACACACACAACUACACACCAACACACACAUGCAUGGCCAAGUGCUCCCGCAGGCCAAACUAAUUUGACUGUUGUUAGGCUCAAUGAAAUAUUCAGACCGAAUCGCAAGUGAAAUCGCAACAAAGUGCCAAAAAGUGUGUGCUUCAAUUGAGUGUUGGUAAACGCUACACCAAAUACCAAAUACUAAAUACUAAAUGCUUAAACAUAAAAUGCAGCUGCUAAAAAUCAAUUAAGUUCGCAUAAACAACAACAACAACAGCAACAACAACAAGAACGACAAGAACAACAACAACAGACCGCAGUCUAGCAAAUUGCGGUCUCUGUCUGUCUGUCUGUCGGACCGGGCCGGACACAGUGUCCAGCUGUCAGUUGGUCAAACAUUUCAUCAAUAAACGAUACAACUUCCGUUACACUGCGUGCUGCUCACCUGCGACGCGUACGUGUAUGUGUGCGUGUAAGUGUUAAUGUGCAUGUGCGUGUCUCGUAAGCGGCAAGAAAACUUUUCAACUUCCGGCCAAGUGACUUCGAUUUAAUUUCUUUGGCUUUUUUAUGGUCAAGCCAUUUAAUUAAUUUUACUAUGGCAAUUUGAGCGUCUUGCCCUUUGCCCCUGGCCCAUUGCGAACUCUGACCCCGGCGGUUAACUCUCUGUGCAACACACGACGGGUUCUAAGGAAAAGAAAAGGGCUCGCAAGAGCCUGCACAAAAUGAGAGACAACAUCAUGAUUGAAAUGUAAUUUGGUGCACAACAAUUAACAUACAUAUACUGUGAUAAGAGGAGUAUACGAGCAGAUUCCUGGCGGGUCUGCACAAACGGCAAUUCAAUUAAAUUGAAAUUCUAAUUAAGAUAACUACGUUAAUAUUAAUUUUGGCUGGCGAGCCCAAACACAGACAGCAAAGGCGACAAGCUGUCGACUCUAUCGAUACGCAACUUCUCGGCAAGCAUGCUGAACAAUCUUGGGGCCAAUGUGCUGGGCCCCAAGGAUUGUGAUCUACCCAAGGCGGCAAUUACAGCACUUCACGCGGGCGUCAAUAGCUUUGGCCAGUUGCCCGUCGCUCCGAACAUUGCGGAUCUUGGCGGAGGUGGAGCUGGACCCGGCGGCGGUGGUGCGGCGAGCAUUGGCGGGGUGGCCCGACUGCAUGUGACUGGGGGACUGUGCGACAAUGGCAAUGCACUGAAUGGUGCCAGCAGUCACGGCAGCAACAACAACAACAGCAACAACAACAACAACAGCAAUAGCAACAACAACAGCAACAACAACAACAACAUGCAGCAACAGGAUCAGCACCUGGACAAAAACAAGCAGAAAAGACACCGCACACGCUUCACUCCCGCCCAGCUGAACGAGCUGGAGCGCUGCUUCUCCAAGACCCACUAUCCGGAUAUAUUUAUGCGCGAGGAGAUUGCCAUGCGCAUUGGCCUCACCGAGUCACGUGUCCAGGUCUGGUUCCAGAACCGUCGCGCCAAGUGGAAGAAGCGCAAGAAGACCACAAAUGUGUUCCGCACACCGGGCGCCCUGCUGCCCUCGCACGGCCUGCCCCCAUUUGGGGCAAACAUCACGAACAUUGCGAUGGGCGACGGACUCUGCGGCACAGGAAUGUUCGGCGGCGAUCGCUGGAGCGUGGGCGUCAAUCCCAUGACGGCAGGCUUCGGUCAGCUAAAUCAAACCUCGCCGCUUUCGUCCACGCUGAAUAGCGGCCUCAAUUCGGGCAUUAACAUGGGCUCCGCCCUGGGUGCCGGCACCUAUCAGCACUAUGGCCUGAAUGCUUUGGGCGACUCGAUGAUGUAUCAGCACAGUGUAGGCGGGGGGGUAAGCUGCGGACCGGGCGGCUCCCCGAGCGCCACCACGCCGCCCAACAUGAACAGCUGCUCAUCGGUGACGCCGCCGCCGCUCUCCGCACAGCCCACACAGAGCGAGCUCAAUGGCGAGCCUAUGCAGCAGCAGCAACAGCAGCAGCAGCAGCAGCAACAACAACAGCAGCAGCAACAACAUCAACAGCAACAACAACAGCAGCAGCAACAGGAUAGCGGCAAUUUGCUGCCGCACUGUCACCAGGCCAUGCAGUCGCCAGAUGGCGCCACCGACGAAGAUGUCUGGCGGGGACACAGCAUUGCAGCGCUGCGGCGGCGAGCAUCCGAACUAAACGCAACAGCAAUUCCUUCCUAUUUGCAUCAUGCCGCCGCCGCACACAACAAUUACGAGCACCACAAUUCGGUCUACUGAAAUUUGUUGAAAAGCUUUGAAAGCUUUUCGGAUUACGGUUUUUCCAAUUGCGGCACUCACGAGUUCUAAAACAGUUUGACAGCCACAGGGCGCAGCAACAAGUUUUAGUUUUAACUUUAACAUAUUGUACAAUUUAUCAGUUAACAUUAGUUUUUCUUCGUUUUUUUUCUUCUUUUACACAAAUAUUUUUUUAACUCAAAAAAAAAAGACUAUAAUGAAUGUAAACCAAGUAUACGAGAGCGGAACUUGAGCUAAAUUUUGUGGCAUUAACUAGCGCAACUAAAACCCUAUACGAGCCCAUAAAUGUAUUAAAAUUACGCGUAAAACAUAAAAAAAAAAAACAAAAACAUAAAGAAAGUAGUUCUGCCCGAACUCAACGAAUUAAUUCUUUAGCAAUUAGUAAACAAUUAUAACAUAAAUAUUCAAGCAGAA